CUAGAGAGUAGAGACCGCUGGCACUAGGAAAUUACUCGCCCAAGAAGAUGGCGAGGCUGGUGAGAUUGGCUCGCUCCUCUCGGCAGGUUUCCGGUCUUCCUGGCGUUGUGUUCAGCCGAUCCGCCGGAAAUUGGAAUAAGGACUGGAAGCCUGGACCAUAUCCUGUCACGCCAGAGGAGCGCCAGGCUGCUGCAAGGAAGUAUGGCCUUCGCCCUGACGAGUACCAACCUGUACCAGAUGAUGGGAUUGGUGCAGGAGACUAUCCUGAUGUUCCAUUAGUGUCUGCUGAGUCUCGUGACCCUUACUACCAAUGGGACUACCCAGAACAUCGUAGAGAUUUUGGGGAACCACUUCAUCGAGACUUUGACAUGUAUGGUCUUGACCGUGUGGAUGCAACCAACACACCACGUUUUUCAACCACUCAGCAGUUCUUGGCUUUCAUGGGUGUAAUGACAUUCUUUGUAGGAACAUAUUACUUAAUGGAUAACAAUAAGUGUCAUUGGCCAUUGCUCCCGAAGCAGUACCCAGGAAAUGGAAAAGUUCACUAUACAUUUGAAAAACCUGAAUAGCAAUCAGGUUUCUUUGUGGGAUGUAUAUAUAAGCUAUCUAAGAGUUGUAAAUUAAUAAAUUUAAAAUAAAAUUAUUAUUUGAA